GUUGACUCGAGUGAUGUGACUGAUCUCAAUAUAAACUCAGGUUCUACGUGUACAAUGAAUGUUCCAGACAGUAGCAUGGCAAGUGUUUCAGUUCCCAUGACCCUCUUUGGGGAAAGUGAAGACAUCAGCAUCCUUCUGUCACUCUUCAACUCCCCGUCCCUCUUCCGAGACAUGUCUUCAAACAACUUGACUGUCAACACGACAGUAAUUGGAAUAUCCAUCAACAAUUUUACCCAGCUCUCAGAUAACAUCACCCUACAUUUCCAACUGCAGAGAAGUUCCAAUGAGAUUCAGUGUGUCUUCUUUGAUUUUACUAUGAGUCGGUGGUCACCAGAUGGCUGCAUUACAACAGUGAAUCAGACAGGAGUUGUCACCUGUUUUUGUGAUCACCUGACAAACUUUGCUGUGCAGACUAGUGUAGAAGACUUGGACUGUGGGGAGCAUACGAGGGAUGGGUUUAUUUGCGUGUGUAACGAAGGAUAUGAGCUUCAAUCUGAUGGAAAAACCUGUUCAGAUGUUGAUGAGUGUGAAACUCGCUGUCAGCAUGAUGAUGCAACCUGUACAAAUCUGGUGGGCAGUUUCAACUGCUCGUGUAAUGUUGGAUUCACAAAAGAUCUGACUGCUCCCGGAAAUGAAAUCAGUUGUGUUGAUAUUAAUGAGUGCGAAGAAGACACUCCAUUGGUGUGUGACAAUAUGGCAAACUGUACAAAUUCUCCUGGCUCAUUUGAAUGCACUUGCAUUCUUGGCUUUACUGGCUCUGGCUUGCCUGAUAAUUGCAUGGGUAUCCCACCGCAGCUGGACAUAUUAAACAUGGGAAUAACGAUGAUUCUCUCGUCGUGGAACCUGGCCGGUCUUGGCUUCUCCAGACAAAGUCUGGUAGUGGGUAUGCGUGGGAUAGCAAGCGGAACAUUCGACUACAUCUGUACUGCGACCAACAACAAUGAAGAUGCUUCCGCUUCUAUACAAGUUACUCUUGAAAUACAAGCUCUGGAAGAUCCUACUGUAUCGAGUUAUGUUCGAUUUUCAAUCAAUGGCAGUUUGGAGCCCAUGCCGUCUAAUGUGCUCAUCAACAGUGUGGCUUUGUCAUCAAUAGAUGUGGAAAAAGAAGGCUAUCAAGAAUUCAAUUGCAGCAGACUUGAAAGUGAGGCAAGAAGAAUUGAAUGUCUAUUCAAUAACUACAACAGCGGCCAAUCGCUGGACUCUGCUAAAUUGAAGGAAGUUCUAGUGAAUGAAGGUAUCAUUUCACCCAGCGAAAUCAUCAUUGAAGCAGACAACGGGUUCUGCGAUACCAAUUCCACAACUAACGAGGAGUUUGGAAAUUACACAUGGCCGGAAACCCAUGUCGGAGACACAAGUCAAGUACAAUGUGCCUUUGGACCACCUAACACGGAUGCCCAACGAGACUGUUUGUCUCGGGAGGGAAGACAGUGGAGUGACGUCAGAGACUAUAGUGAUUGCUACACCAUGAUCACAAUGAUGUAUCAAGUAUUCGAAGUGGAGAAUGUAGCGGAGGAAAAUGUUGUUGUAAUGUUGGAGCAAUUUGCAGCACUGGUGAAUAUGACAGAUGACACCAUUGACCAAUCUCGCAGAAACUUUGAAGUGAUUACAAAUGUACUCAACGCCACCAGUAGCAUUGUCAACAAUGCUGCCCUCAAUGAUACAGAUCUGAGACAGAUUGUUGAGUUGGUGUCAAAUAUAAUAGAUGAUCUACAAAUCUGGGAGGAAGACGAAAUUCAGAUGACAAAUAACAUAAAUGUGGUGGAAGUGUUAGAAAAUGUGGCAAAUUCUCUGGCCGUAAAUGAAGGGAUUGGAACCGAAGAAAACGUUACAGUUUUACUUUUUGAGGGCGAUACAUCUGCCCUACUUGUGGAAAGAAACAACAUAGAGCAGCUCCAAACAAGUGGAAGAGAGUUUGGUGCCACAAGAGAUGACAAAGGCAUUACCACAAUGUCGAGGGUGACUGGUGGUGUCCUGGCGUCAAUUCAGCUCCCAGAUAGCUUGUUUAGCAAUGACAGAGUCACUAACAAUUCUGUUGGUGGUGGGGUUGGAUUGGUGUUUUCUUUCUUCGAGACCCCUGUCCUCUUUCCUCUGGCCAAUGGGACUCGUGGCGACCUACAGAUUCGUACUUCAGUCAUUGGCGCACUGAUUGGUGGUAUACCUACCAUAUCAGACCUUCUGGACCCAAUUAUAAUCACCUUUCAGCUGGAAAUCGACACAGAGGAUGAAGUGAUUGAAAAUACAGCAUGUGUCAGCUGGGACUUUGAAGCUUCGGGUGGUGUAGGGAACUGGACAGAUAGAGGAUGCAACACAACCCUGGACAGGGUGUCCAGAACCGUUAAAUGCAACUGCAGUCAUCUAACAAACUUUGCUGCAUUAGUUGAUAUAUGCUCCAGAACUGAGGGCGACUGUGAACAAUCUGAAGCUUCUAAGACAGCUCUUGAGAUCAUUUCCUACGUCGGUGUUUCUCUCUCAAUCUUUGGCCUCAUAAUUACCAUAAUUACAAUGCUGGUUUUCAGUAAACUUCGAAAACGAGAUGCCUCAAAGUUCCACAUACAGCUGAGUCUAGCUCUACUGGGCAUGCUGGUGGUGUUUUUGGUGGGCAUCGAUAGGACUAAAGUGUUUGAGGGCUGUGUGACAGUCUCGGGUGCUCAUCCACUACUUCACUCUGGUGGCUGUCAUGUGGAUGGCGGGCAGAGCUCUGCUCAGUGUCCAGAAGCUGGUCAGUGUCUUUGUCCAGAUCACCACUCGCUACAUCGUCAUUGUCUCUCUGUGGCUGUGGUUGGCUCCUCUACUCCCUGUGCUGUGAUAAUCUCGUGUCUCAUUGACCCACGGUCAUGGUGUCUUACGCCAAGUAUCCAACCUUAUGCUCCAAACGGCAUGUUCGAGAAGUGCUGAUUUAUGUGUCAGUUGUGUGCCUUGGAAGACUGAUGCGUGGUGCCUGCUACCAUUCGGCCAUCCUAGUCUUCAACUCUAUUGUGUUUGCGAUAGUCAUCAGAGUGCUGUUAAAGCACUCCAGGAAAAAGUAUGGCAAGAGGGAUAAGAAGGUGGUCGAUACUGUCAGACAAUUGCUCAUCAGUAGCUUUGGGAUCAUGUUCCUGUUUGGUUUGUCGUGGGCUUUUGGUGUACUCACAAUAUCGGCCGCUUCAGAGGUGUUCCAGUAUCUCUUUGCGAUAUUCACCUCACUCCAAGGCUUCUUCAUAUUCCUCUUCUUCUGUGUGUUGGGAAAAGAAGCACGCGAGUCGUGGUUGCAGUUGCUAUGUCGUGGACGCAAACUGCCCUGGUUCACCUCUACAAUCAGUCAACAGAAGACACCUGCUUUCUCAACCAGUGGAAUCUCAAGUGGGGGCGGAACCGGAACAACUUC